AUGAAGGUGGUGAGGAUGCUGCUGGCCUGGGUGCAAACACUCCUUGUCAGCAACACGCUCCUAGUUAAAGCCUAUGGAUCUGGAGGCUGCUUCUGGGACAACGGCCACCUGUAUCGAGCGGACCAGCCCGUCCCCGCGCCAGGCCUCCGCUGCCUCAAUUGGCUGGAUGCUGACAGCCCCCUGGCCUCUGCCCCCGAGUCGGGCGCCGGCAACCACAGCUACUGCCGGAACCCGGACCAGGACCCGCACGGACCCUGGUGCUACGUCAGCGGCGAGGCCGGCGUCCCGGAAAAGCGGCGGUGCGAAGACCUGCGCUGCUCAGAGACUUUUUCCCAGGACCUGUCAACCUCCAGGACAGAAACUGAGGCGACCCCUGAAGUGCCAAGUGGAGAUGAGGUGCAGGUGUUUGCUCCUGCCAAUGCCCUGCCUGCCGGGAGUGAGGGGGCAGCGGUGCAGCCAGUGAUUGGAAUCAGCCAGCGAGUUCGGGUGAACUCCAAGGAGAAAAAGGACCUGGGAACCCUGGGCUAUGUGCUGGGUGUUACCAUGAUGGUGAUCAUCGUCGGUGUCGGAGCUGGCAUCGUCUUGGGAUACACCUUCAAAAGGGGGAAGGACCUGAAAGAGCAGCAUGACCGGAAAAUGUGUGAGAGAGAGAUGCAGAGAAUCACCCUGCCCUUGUCUGCCUUCACCAAUGCCACCUGUGAGAUCGUGGAUGAGAAGACUAUUGUGGUCCAUGCCAGUCAGACGCCGGUCGACCUUCAGGAGGGCAGUGCCCCCCUUAUGGGACAGGCAGGCACUCCUGGGGCCUGAGCACCCCCACGAUGGGCAGGAGCCCAUGCAGGGACUGGUGCAGGGUGGCCUACCCUCCUACAGCUGGGAGGAGCUACACUUUUUGUUGUGGUUAAAACUCUCCCCUGAGGUGUUUUUUUUUUUUAUUGUUCGUUUGUUUUGUUUUGGGGAACUCCUAAGACAGAAAGAAGCAGGUGGUGCUGUGGGCUGUGGGCUGAGGGGCAAAGAUGGGUAGGGUCCCACCAAUGCUCUUUCUCCAUCCCUUGGAGCAGGGUUUUGCCCGUGGAUGGAGACAGUGGCAGCCCCCAUAGCAGUGCUGCUAACAAGGGCUUCCAGACAUUGCCUGUGCCCCGGAACUGAAUCAGGGAUGGACCGGGAGCUCCCCCAGGCUCCUUUGUGCUUCAUUAUCUAAGGUGGCCUCAUUCUCCACCUUUCUGUUUGCUCUCUGUGGGCUUACGUGGCGCACACUGUUACUCAUCCUUCAGGUCAAGCAGGUCAAGAGGGAGCAUUUAAAAAUAUAUAUUUCAUUUAAAAGUAUUUGGGAUGGAACUCCCUACUGACCUCUGAGAACCCAAAAUGCGUUUGUACAAGUCAGACCUGUGGUUUGAGAAUGGGAUCGAGGCUGGGGUUUACUGGGUGAGCUCCAGCUCGCUGGCAGCAAUGUGCCUUGACGAGAAUGGGCCGGGCCUGGGCCCAGGGACUCUUCCUGCCUCAAAAAGGAAGAACUGCACUGAACAUUCCACUUAGGAAGAGGGGAGAGAAGGAUCCGCGACUGCCUUAGGCCACAGGACAUGAGGUGGACCUGGGGUACCCCAGUCUCUCUCCAGGGUGGACAGUGACCUCUCUUCAUUUUGUAGGGACAACAGUCAGCUAACCUACAGGAAUCAUACUUUGGGGCCUUGUGAGCUGCUUCUGAGAGGUUAACCUGGAAACUAAGCUCAGAAGCCAGGUAAUCAAGUGCUUCAGCACUUGCCCCUGCAGUGGCCUGAGUUUGUAGGUUGCUCUGUGGCUUCCAGGCCAGUACCUUCCAGUGAAGGCACUAGAGCUGGGGCCCAACCCCUAACUUGCAGAAGUUAGAAUCAUUGGAAGGGAUCUUAGGGUUCCUCAAGCCUUUUUGACAGAGGGGCCCAGAGGGGGAAAGUGACACCCGAGAUUAUAGAGAAAGUCAUAGGCACGGCCAAGGCGAGUCCGUUUCCCCGUGCCCACAGCUCAGCAGGGCCUCCAGGUCCUGGUGUCCCACUUGGAGGCCUUAGCAAUGCUCCCUACCCAGAGUUUUCUCCCCCAAAGCCCUUCUACUGCCCCAUGUGGAGAGGGGGAUCAGUGGGGACUAUUCUCUUUAGCAGGCUGUUUACAGGGGCGACUUGCUGAGGGAACCUAGGCCUCGGGGGGUCCCUGGGUGUUAAGUGAUGCUGAAGAGAAUAUUACUGGUUUCUACUUUUCUAUAAAAGCCUUUCUCUGUGUACAUGUCUUAUAUACCUCAUUCUGACACCUGCAUAUAAAGUGCAGGAAAUUGCUCUGCAUUUGACUUACAUAAAUAAAUUUUAAAAAAAGAAAGGA